CCACUAUCCCUUCGUCUAGCUUGCAGCUCAAGUUCUGGAUGGGUUUGAAGAUGAAGAGAUCGGAUUCGGCCUGGUGGAUGAGAAGAAGGCAUCUGCUGUUGCCAAGAAGCUAGGUCUAGAUGAAGUUGAAAGCAUCUAUAUCUUUGCGGACAAUGAGAUAAUAGAGUACGAUGGAGAGCUGGCUGCAGACACCAUCGUUGAGUUCCUAUAUGAUGUGAUUGAAGACCCUGUUGAGAUCAUUGACAACGACCGAGAGCUGAAGGGUUUCUAUAACAUGGAUGAUGUCAUCAAACUGGUUGGCUACUUUAAAAGUGAAAGAUCUCCCCAUUUUAUAGAGUACGACGAUGCAGCUGAAGAGUUUCACCCUUUUGUUAAAUUCUUCGCAACAUUUGACCCCAAGAUUGCCAAAAAGCUAAAACUAAAGGUCAAUGAAGUGGAUUUCUAUGAACCAUUCAUGGAGGAUCCUGUCACCAUUCCAGGAAAGCCUUACAUUGAGUCUGAGCUUGUUGAAUACAUCGAACAGCAUGACAGACCCACUUUGAGGAAGCUUCUACCUCACAGCAUGUAUGAGAUCUGGGAAGAUGAUAUUAAUGGAGAGCACAUUGUGGCUUUUGCUGAGGAGGAUGAUCCAGAUGGUUUUGAAUUUCUUGAAAUCCUGAAGGAAGUAGCCCGCGACAACACUGAUGACCCCAACCUCAGCAUUAUUUGGAUUGACCCAGACAAUUUCCCCCUGCUGGUUCCAUACUGGGAGAGAACAUUCAGUAUUGAUCUUUCGUCUCCUCAGAUUGGUGUCGUCGAUGUAAAGGAUGCUGACAGCGUAUGGAUGGAGAUGGAUGAUCAGGAUGACAUGCCCACAGCUGAUGAAUUGGAACAGUGGAUUGAGGACGUUCUGUCAGGAAAAAUUGAUCCCGAUGAUGAUGACGAUGAAGAUGAGGAUGACGAUGAUGAAGAUGACGACGAUGAUGACGACGAAGAUGAUGAUGACGGUGAUGAGGACGAUGAUGACAACGAUGAUGACGACGAUGAUGACGGUGUUGACGACGAUGAUGACGACGAUGAAGAUGAAGACGGCGAUGAAGAUGACGAAGAUGAUGAAGAUGAUGAGGAAUAACUGUCCAUCUUUUCAGUCAUUUUGCCAUUUAUGUAGAAAAUCCAACAUAUUUUUUCAAUAUGCCAAAACAUUUUACUACAAAAAGACUUUUUGUUUACUGCAUAUCUUUCCAUGCUGGGCUGUUGCACUGACAUGAAACACUGUCAGUUCGAAUGGUUUCAGUAAAACAAGAGGUUUCUCUCACACAAGACUAGAAGGGGUCCUGUUUAAAAUAACGAUUGUAUAUGAACUUCAUAACUCAGACCUAAUAAAUAUCAAUACAUGUAAAAAUGGACAGAAACCUUAAGGGCUUCGAUUUAACAACACAGUAUUCCAAUCAUAUAAUUAUCUUAUUUUUUCUCUUACCUUGUUUUAAUGUUAUUGAGAACAAACUUGUCGCCAGACAGUCUUAAAAAAGUCAUUAAAUCAAUUAGAACAUUUGCUACUUUUCACCUUUAGUUUAAAAAGUUGAUGUUAUUGCACUACAGAGUAAUCAAAUUUGGUCAAUCAGAGGAAACCUUAUAUGUGUGAGAGUUUGUGAGUGUGAGUUAUUUGAUUCAAUUCCAAUAAGUUCUAUUUAAAAACACUCCGAGAGGAUAUUAGGUGUAGUUGUUACUUCUAUUAAAGUGAAGGCACUUUGUUGUUGUACGGCACUCUGUUUAAGGGGAUGCUGGUGGUUGGCAUAAUGGUCUUUAUUAUGGGAUUUUUUUUAAGCCUCUAGAUGAGUCCCUAUCACAGAACCAGCAAGCUAUACCUAUAUAUCUAUUUUGGGCUGCACUGAAGGAUCUAAGCUGCCCUCAGCUCAGCAGUAUGCUCACUCUUUCCCUUCUUGUAGCCGGCUUUACCGCGUCUUCAGUAAAAUAUAUUGUCCAGGUGAACAGAGAGGUAUUUUAACUCAUUCCCUAUCUCUACUUCUUCUCACAUGAUUAACAUUUAAAAGUCAAACCCUUUUUGAAUUAGAUCAUAUGCAACAACCUCCCUUAAGACUUGGGAUAAGUCACAAGAUAAAAUUAUUAAAAGCAAAUUCAAGCCUUUGGUUUUUAAAUUAGAAAGUUGUACAAAAUUGAAAAUACACAAGGAGCCUUUUAUUUAUGAGCUUUAUGUGAGUUUGGAAAUAAAUACUUUUAUGUUUUACA